GAGCGAGCCGAGGAAGACGCUCCGAUAACCCGUGCGUUUCCUAAGGCUCCGAGCACUUGUACAUUUCUGCAGGCGCGCGGCGAGCCAUUCGCGGCUGCUGCUGCAGCUCCGGCUGCAUCUUUUCCUCCUCCUCCUCCUCCUCCUCCUCUUCCUUCUUCCUCCAGCUCCGCGUGUGUGCGUGUGCGUCUGCCCCAGUGUGUGUGAGUGUGUUUUGCAGGUGUGUCCGUUUUAAUUCUACCCAGUAGGUGGGACUUGGUGACUUUAGCACCAAUUUUUUUUUUUUUUUUCAUUAUCAUUGCUUUCCCACCGUCUGUGGCAACCCUGCAAAGUCUCGGAGUCGGAGAGCGCGCCUCGGUUCCAGAGCCCCUGGACCUUGCAAGCCGGCAAGCGCCGAGCCGGCCACCAUGCCCGGCAGACCGCGCCACUAGGCGCUCCCCGCGGCUCCUACCCGGCGGCGGCGGCGGCGGCGGCGGCGGCAGCGAUGGUUUCAGACGCUGAAGGAUUUUGCAUCUGAUCGCUCGGCGUUUCAAAGGCAGAGGCCCCCCUCCCCCUUUCCCCUCCCUCGCCGUCUUUGUUUCCUAACCCCCCCUUUGCUCUCCCCACUCCCCCCACCCCACCCCCCUCUCCUCUCCUCCUCCUCCUCCUCUUUUUUAGAAGCAGCGAUCGGAGAUGGAUGUGUCUCUUUGCCCAGCCAAGUGUAGUUUCUGGCGGAUUUUCUUGCUGGGAAGCGUCUGGCUGGACUAUGUGGGCUCCGUGCUGGCUUGCCCUGCAAAUUGUGUCUGCAGCAAGACUGAGAUCAAUUGCCGGCGACCGGACGAUGGGAACCUCUUCCCACUCCUGGAAGGGCAGGAUUCGGGGAAUAGCAAUGGGAACGCCAGCAUCAACAUCACGGACAUCUCAAGGAAUAUCACUUCCAUAAACCUGUCGAGUAACCGGCUCACCACACUCUCAUGGCAGCUCUUCCAGACGCUGAGUCUUCGGGAAUUGAGACUGGAGCAGAACUUCUUCAACUGCAGCUGUGACAUCCGCUGGAUGCAGCUGUGGCAGGAGCAGGGGGAGGCUAGGCUGAAUAGCCAGAGCCUCUACUGCAUCAGCGCUGAUGGCUCCCAGCUCCCCCUCUUCCGCAUGAACAUCACUCAGUGUGACCUUCCUGAGAUCAGCGUGAGCCAUGUCAACCUGACCGUCCGAGAAGGGGACAAUGCUGUCGUCACUUGCAAUGGUUCUGGAUCGCCCUUGCCUGAUGUGGAUUGGAUAGUCACUGGGCUGCAGUCUAUCAACACUCACCAGACCAAUUUGAAUUGGACCAAUGUACACGCCAUCAACUUGACCCUGGUGAAUGUGACGAGCGAGGACAAUGGUUUCACCUUGACGUGCAUUGCAGAGAACGUGGUGGGCAUGAGCAAUGCCAGUGUUGCUCUCACUGUCUACUACCCCCCACGCGUGGUGAGCCUGGUGGAGCCUGAGGUGCGGCUGGAGCACUGCAUCGAGUUCGUGGUGCGAGGCAACCCGACGCCCACACUGCACUGGCUGUACAACGGGCAGCCGCUGCGGGAGUCCAAGAUCAUCCACAUGGAUUACUACCAGGAGGGGGAGAUUUCUGAGGGCUGCCUACUCUUCAACAAGCCUACCCACUACAACAAUGGCAACUACACCCUCAUUGCCAAGAAUGCCCUGGGCACAGCCAACCAGACCAUCAAUGGCCACUUCCUCAAGGAGCCUUUUCCAGAGAGCACAGAUUUCUUUGAUUUUGCAUCUGAUGUGAGCCCUACGCCUCCUAUCACUGUGACCCACAAACCAGAGGAAGAUACUUUUGGGGUGUCCAUAGCAGUUGGGCUUGCUGCUUUUGCCUGCGUCCUCCUGGUGGUUCUCUUUAUCAUGAUCAACAAGUAUGGCCGACGGUCCAAAUUUGGAAUGAAGGGUCCUGUGGCUGUCAUCAGUGGUGAGGAGGACUCAGCCAGCCCACUGCACCACAUCAACCACGGCAUCACCACUCCCUCCUCACUGGACGCUGGCCCCGACACGGUCGUCAUCGGCAUGACCCGCAUCCCAGUCAUUGAGAACCCUCAGUAUUUCCGACAGGGACACAACUGCCACAAGCCAGACACGUACGUCCAGCACAUCAAGAGGAGGGAUAUCGUUCUGAAACGAGAACUGGGUGAGGGUGCCUUCGGAAAGGUCUUCCUGGCUGAGUGCUACAAUCUCAGCCCCACCAAAGACAAGAUGCUUGUCGCAGUGAAGGCUCUGAAGGAUCCCACCCUGGCUGCCAGAAAGGAUUUCCAGAGGGAGGCAGAGCUGCUCACCAACCUGCAGCACGAACACAUCGUCAAGUUCUACGGAGUGUGCGGAGACGGGGACCCGCUCAUCAUGGUGUUUGAAUACAUGAAGCAUGGAGACCUGAACAAGUUUCUCAGGGCCCAUGGGCCAGAUGCGAUGAUCCUUGUGGACGGGCAGCCGCGCCAGGCCAAGGGUGAGCUAGGGCUCUCCCAAAUGCUCCACAUCGCCAGCCAGAUUGCCUCAGGCAUGGUGUACUUGGCCUCCCAGCAUUUUGUGCACCGGGAUCUGGCCACCAGGAACUGCCUGGUUGGAGCCAACCUGCUAGUGAAGAUUGGAGACUUUGGCAUGUCCAGGGAUGUCUACAGCACCGAUUAUUACAGGCUCUUUAAUCCAUCUGGAAAUGAUUUUUGUAUAUGGUGUGAGGUGGGAGGACACACCAUGCUCCCUAUCCGCUGGAUGCCUCCUGAAAGCAUCAUGUACCGGAAGUUCACCACAGAAAGUGAUGUGUGGAGCUUCGGGGUGAUCCUUUGGGAAAUCUUCACCUAUGGGAAGCAGCCAUGGUUUCAGCUCUCAAACACAGAGGUCAUUGAGUGCAUUACCCAAGGCCGUGUCUUGGAAAGGCCUCGAGUCUGCCCCAAAGAGGUAUAUGACGUCAUGCUGGGGUGUUGGCAGAGGGAACCACAGCAGCGGCUGAAUAUUAAGGAGAUCUACAAAAUACUCCAUGCUUUGGGGAAGGCCACCCCAAUCUACCUGGACAUUCUUGGCUAGUGGUGGCUGGUGGUCAAAUAUUCAUACCCUGUUGCCUCCUCUCUCCCUGCCUCACAUCAUCCUUGUCCACCUCACAACUCCCUUCUUCCAUCCUUGAAGCAAACGUCUUCAUAUAAACUCAAGUGCCUGCUACACAUACAACACUGAAUUUAAAAAGAAAAAAAGAAAGAAAA